AAAGCCAAAUGACCCUAGACUCGCCGCUAAACAUCCCACCACUUGCAACCAGGACCGCCAUACCUUUCUCGUGUCACGUCAAAGCCCACGAUUGCUGAGGUUCCAAAUUUUCAAUUUCAAGAAGCCCUUCUUUCACCGCUUCAUUACUAUUGAUUUCUCUGCAUUGUACUGAUCCUCCAUCCUCAUCUUUUAUCAGUCAGUACUGUACAGAAACUCACAGAACCAUCCUUACCAUUCUUCGACGCAGCCUCCCACCCACAGUGCCCAAGAUGGUCGUUUCAUCCAUUCUCGGUUUCCCUCGCAUGGGAGCCAACCGUGACCUCAAGAAGGCCACGGAGGCAUACUGGGCGGGAAAGAUCUCACAAGACGACCUGUUGGCCGAAGGAAAGAGACUGAGACAUGAACAUUGGAAGAUCCAGAAGGACGCUGGCAUUGAUUCCAUCCCAAGCAAUGACUUCGCUUUCUACGACCAGGUCCUUGAUCACAUUCAACUCUUCGGCGUCGUUCCUGAACGUUACACAAAGUACAACCUCUCCAAGCUGGACGAGUACUUUGCUAUGGGUCGAGGUCUUCAGAAGCCUGCAACCGACAGCUCUUCCGCAGUUGACGUUCCUUCUUUGGAAAUGGUCAAAUGGUUUGAUUCCAACUACCACUACGUCAAGCCUACUCUCCAAGACAACCAGACCUUCAAGCUCUCCUCCAACCCGAAGCCUGUUGCUGAGUUUCUAGAAGCCAAAGAAGCUGGAAUCAUUACACGCCCUGUGAUUCUUGGUCCCGUUUCCUUCUUGUUCCUUGGAAAGGCCGACCGUGGGCAGUCUAUCGAGCCCAUUUCUGCUCUUGACAAGCUCUUGCCUCUCUACGAAGACCUGCUCAAGCAACUGAAAGAAGCCGGCGCGGAGACAGUUCAGAUCGAUGAGCCUAUCUUGGUCUUUGAUCUUCCCAAGGCUGCUAAGGAUGCCUUCAAACCUGCCUACGAGAAACUCGGUGGAAGCAACGGCCCCAAGGUGGUACUUGCCACAUACUUCGGCGACAUCGUCCACAACAUUGAUGUCCUCGAAUCCCUCAAGAACCUUUAUGCCAUCCACGUCGACCUCGUCCGCAACCCUGAGCAGCUUAAUACUGUCGCUGGUGCAUUGGGCCCUCAACAGGUCCUGUCAGCCGGUGUUGUUGAUGGCCGAAACAUCUGGAAGACCAACUUCAAGAAGGCCAUCGAAAUCGUUGAGGCUGCCAUUCAGAAGUUGGGCAAGGACAGAGUCAUUGUUGCCAGCUCCAGCUCGCUUCUGCACACCCCUCACACUCUCGCCAGCGAGAAGAAACUGAACCCUGAGAUUGCUGAUUGGUUCAGCUUCGCCGUUGAAAAGGCGAAGGAGAUUGCUAUCAUUGCAAAGGCCGUCACCGAUGGACCGGCCUCAGUUCGAGAAGCUCUCGAAGCCAACGCCAAGUCCCAGCAAUCCCGUGCUUCCUCGAGCAUCACCAAUGACAAGGAGGUCAAGGACCGCCAAAGCAAGGUUUCUGAGGAGAUGCACAACCGCAAAUCACCUUUCCCGGACCGCAUUGCUCAACAGCAGCAACGUCUCAACUUGCCGUUGUUCCCAACCACCACCAUUGGAUCCUUCCCCCAAACCAAGGAGAUCCGUGUUCAGCGAAACAAGUUCACCAAGAACGAAAUCACCGCUGAGGAGUACGAGAAAUUCAUCGAGAAGGAGAUUCAAGAUUGCGUCAAGAUCCAAGAAGAACUCGAUCUCGACGUCUACGUGCAUGGUGAACCAGAGCGAAAUGACAUGGUUCAGUACUUUGGUGAGCGAUUGAAUGGUUAUGCCUUCACAACCAAUGGUUGGGUCCAAUCCUAUGGCUCUCGCUGUGUCCGCCCACCGAUCGUCGUUGGAGACAUCUCUCGUCCUGCACCAAUGACCGUCAAGGAGUCGAAGUAUGCUGCUUCCAUCUCCAAGAAGCCCAUGAAGGGUAUGUUGACGGGACCGAUCACCUGCUUGAGAUGGUCAUUCCCUCGUGACGAUGUGCACCAAUCUGUGCAAGCCCAACAACUUGCACUGGCCCUGCGUGAUGAGGUGGUCGACCUCGAGCAAGCCGGUGUCUUUGUUAUCCAAGUCGACGAGCCUGCUCUGCGUGAGGGUCUCCCUCUGCGUGCCGGCAAGGAACGAACAGACUAUCUGAAGUGGGCCGUCGACUCUUUCCGCCUUUCAACUGCGGGUGUCGAAGAUGGUACUCAGAUCCACAGCCACUUCUGCUACUCUGAAUUCCAGGACUUCUUCUACGCAAUUGCUGCGCUUGACGCCGAUGUUCUCUCCAUUGAGAACAGCAAGUCAGACGCCAAGCUGUUGAAGGUCUUCGUGGAUGAAGCCUACCCUCGUCACAUUGGACCUGGUGUCUACGACAUUCACUCACCUCGUGUUCCUUCCCAGAAGGAAAUUGAGGAUCGCAUCGCUGAGAUGUUGCAAUACUUGAAGCCAGAACAGCUGUGGAUUGACCCCGACUGUGGCCUCAAGACUCGACAAUGGAAGGAGACCAAGGCUGCCUUGACCAACAUGGUCAACGCGGCAAAGACCUUCCGGGAGAAAUACUCCAAAUAAGCUACCUCAUAUUUAUGUCGUAUGCUUUGUAUUUGCCAGAUCAAUCAACCUGAUCUGAGCUUAUUGGCGUUAUGGGAUGAAUAGAUGGAUGACCGAAUGACCAAAAAGUGUUUUCAACAUGAUACCACGAUAGCAUGGGGCUGGCGCAAGUCGAUUUAACAUCGGCGUUGUG